GACAGACGCCUUUAUUAAGCCGGUUGGUGCAGAAAAAUACACUGAGGCUACAUUUCAUGUGGAAUAAUUCGUCCAUUCAGACGUUCAUUUAACCCUUCAAAGUUUGCUGGAUUAAUUAUACACCAAUUUUACUUUGAGAUGCAAAGCAGGUGCAUGCUACAAGUUGUUUUCGUCGUAUCGUCGCUAAUUUUAUCCAAAGCACAACAUGUGAUCGGAUCAGGUCACUCCUGUCUCAGAUCGAGUCCUGCAGAACACGGACAGACGCGCAUCACGUUUCUGCGCGAGGACGCGGCCGGUGUGCGCUCCUUGUACGUCAGCCUGUGGUCCGAGGAUACGCAACCGGUAAUAUGCGAGGUAAAUACCAAUCCAAUUGUCAUGGACAGAUACUGCAGUAUUUGCGACAGAAGCGGCACCCAGGGCCAAGAAAUCACCCAGAGGUUUAACAUCAGCAAGCUGUUGUCUCCGGAUUCUCCGUGCGCGCUCGUCUCCUCCAGUGUGCCAAAGUUUACCAAGCGCACAAGAAGAGAUGGGACAGUCGGGAAAGUUCGGAGGAAACGGGCAUGGAUAUUCCCGGGGACGCUGUGGUGUGGUACUGGCAGCAAAGCGGCCGGAUACGAACAGUUAGGGAUGUUUGAGAGUGCAGAUACAUGCUGCCGUGAGCACGACCACUGCCUGCAUGUCAUCCUGUCUUUCACAGUGAAUUAUGGAGUCUUCAACUCCAACUUCUUUAGCGUCUCACACUGUGACUGUGACCAAAGGUUUCGACAGUGCCUUCUCGGUGUGAAUGAUACCAUUUCCAGCAUGGUGGGCUACAGCUUCUUCAACAUCCUGCAGGUUCCCUGCUUUAGGCUCAAACAGCAGAUGCGAUGCACUGAGAUGUACUGGUGGGGAACGUGUAAAGUAGCCAAAAAGGCUCCCUUUGCUGUCUUCCAAAACCCCCUCCCCUACGCUGAUGUUACAAGCAAUAAUGGGGACAACACUGACAGCAACAUGGUAGCAAGUAGCAAGGAGAAGCAUACCGAAAGCUUUGUGAUCAACCCAUGCAAAAAGUCCCCCAAAAGUGAACGUAGAUGGAACUCCAGAGACACAUCCAGAGGAGACACUUUCUACCUCAGAAGGACAAAAGGGAAAGGAUGUAAAAGACACAGGAAACUGGAUACAACACCAUCCCAAAUGCCCACGAUGUCAAGUGUGUACACCACUAGUCCUUCAAUGAAAAUCAGCCUUUUCAAUGCUUCUAAAAAUACUGCAAUGGUGCCGAUUAAAAAAAGAAUUGGAAAAAAGAAGAGCAACAGUAAGGGCCUGUCGGAUUACGUCACACAGAAAAGCCAAGUUCCACCACAGGUGAACACAAACUCUUAUCCACAAACAACAUCUACAACACAAAGCGCCCCAUAUUUAAUACAGAAGCCAGCGCUGCAGCUACACUUACCAACAGCCGUCACGGCAGUGACCAAAAGUCGCAAAACAUUUCCAAAGCAAAGUCGUUGUUAUGGAUUGCGGAUGCCUCUCAGAGGUGACACAUUUCAGUCUCAUUUUAAAACUUGUCUCGAACAAAAUACAACAUCUAGCGUGACAACUGUUACUCCCUCAACAACUACAUAUGGAAUACCAAUCGAAGUAGCAACAGAUAGGACUCUGAGGCUCACACAGACAACAGAAACACCCAAACAAGACACUCUAAAAAGACUCUGGAGUACAGCUUCUGCAACGGCAGUCAUAACAAAACCGGAGAUAGCAACCUCCAUUCAUGAGGAAGGCAAGCCACAAAAGCCGAUGGAUUCCACUCUACAGCAGAAUAAUACACGGCAAGAGGCCAUGGGUCACAGCACCAUAGCCCAAAGUACACAUGCAGGAAGACGCCUGAAGCAUAAUAUUGCAUUAGAUAAUGUGACAGACAAUCAACUCCUGUGUGGAAGCCUCAAACAGCUAGAUGGAUGUAAAUACAUCAUCCUUCCUUUGGAGAAGAAGUAUGAUCUGCAGAACGUGGAGUCAAAGACUGCAUACCACUGUGAUUGCACCAGCCGGUAACUUUUUUAUAUCUGCAAGGGGCCUGAUUUACAAAGGAGCUGGAUAUCUACACUGAGUAAAGCAUGGAACAUAUCUUUUUCUCCAGUCCAUGUUUUAAGUUUAAAUGGGCCCAGGUUUUACUCAGACAAUUUAUCCUUAUAACUUAGUGAUCCUUUUUCCAUUAGACAGGCCAAUGUUCUACUGUGUUUACUGCUGUAGAUAAAAAAUUGUAAUAUUAGACAUUUUUGAUUUUGUGUUGUCUUAUGUGUUUUGGCCACAAUACCAAUAGUUCAGCAUAACGUUAUUCUCCUCCCUGGAAACAGCUUUACAAGGUGGUCCAUUGAGGCCAAGGAAAUACAAGCCUUACACAGCUUUUGAACCAAUCCAAACUAAACGCUGUUCUCCCAGUAAUCCAUUAUGACUUUGUUUUGCAUUCCUGAGCUACUUCAAGGUUUGACCUUCAUAUUGCAGUGUGAUGAAGUAACCAGGGCAACUUUAUCAUAAGGUCUAAAUGAAGCACAACAGGGUUUUUUUUUCUUUUUGUUUAAAGAACAAUUGCGGUGGCGCCAUUGAAAGUUAAGCUGUUUCCAGCAGAGUUUCCACAUUCUUCACCCUGAUAGGGGGAGUAUAGUUUAAUAAUAAACUAGGCAUAAUUGACAAAAAAAUAACAAUGAGACCAAGGUAAUAAAAAAACAAAAACUUAGAGUUCGUUGUUGUCCAGUCACACCCUUUGAAAUACAUGUCAACAGACCUUUUUCCCAGCAGACAUUGUGACUUGUCAUAAAAAGUGUUACUCAUAAUGAUAACGAUGGCUUUGUUCAAAUUAAGUGUCCCAGUAACCCACGACAGUGUGACAGUGAACCAGCUGCAAUAAACCUUUUUCACAGCAUAUAUUUUGGCCGGUCACAGCAGGAAAAGCACAGGUGACAUUAAUGACAUAAACGAUGGCGGCAUAUCAUUUAGUUUUGGCAGUUCGACAGCUCUUGCAUUGUGCAUGCUAGCUCAAUAGGUCCUUUUCACAGCAGCUAUUUGACAUGUGAGUGCAGAGUAAAUACAGGUGUUAUUAAUAACACUGAUUAUGACACAUUUUUAUAAUUAGUCAACAUGUCUGCUGUGAAAAGGCCUAUACAUUUUGGAAUGAAGGCAGGUUACAAAUAGUGAUGUUUGAUUAUGUAUUGUGACUCCUUCUACUGUGUGCAACACUCACGCAUAGGCUACAGCAGCACAUGCAUGCAGACUAUUAUUGCUCAUUCUUAUCCCCAGCAUGUUAUAAGGAAUGAGGAAGGCCUGCCCCCACAGGCAGCUUUCUCUUUCUUUGUCUGUGUCUCUCUCUGAGUCACGCACCAAUUCAUGUUGGAUAUACAUCACACUCUAUUGUUUCAUUCCUGCCGUGUUGCUCACUUUAUUUCUGCAUGCGAGGUUGUUAAUGUUCUCUGCUUGUCUUUUUGUCGCUG